AUAUGUUUGAGAAAUAUGUGUAUGUGUAUAUAUAUACAGAAUAUACACUCACCGAGCACUUUAUUAGGAACACCUGAACACCUAUUUAUUCAUGCGAUUAUCUGAUCAGCCAAUCAUGUGGCAGCAGUGCAGUGCAUAAAAUCAUUUAGAUAUGGGUCAGGAGCUUCAGUUAAUGUUUACAUCAGCCAUCAGAAUGGGGAAAAAUGUGAUCUCAGUGAUUUCGACCGUGGCAUGAUUGUUGGUGCCAGAUGAGCUGGUUUGAGUAUUUCUGUAACUGCUGAUCUCCUUGGAUUUUUUUUUAAGUGCAACAGUCUCUAAAGUUUACUUGGAAUGGUACAAAAAACAUCCAGUGAGUCAUUAGCAUGAAAUAUGUUAAUGUUGUACAAUUUGUAAAGUCACACUCUGUUUAUGCACGUUCUUCAACACACUUCAAACUUGCAUUUGCAAACAUAACUUUCCCCUUUAGUGCAUGCAAUUUUGACAGCAAACUUUAGAUAUACUCUAAAUCAAAAAUGCUAAUAUUAAAGGGAUAGGUCACCCAAUAAUGAAGUAAAUGAUGACAGAAUUUUCCUUUCAGAAUAAUCUAUUUAAAUACUUGUUAAUUUUCUGAAUUUUCUGCUCUUUGUGGAAAUGCAAUUGAACUGUACACACAAAAUUGAAUGCCUUUGUUUGUUUAAAUUACACAACACAUGCACGCAAAUCAUAUUUGGGUCAUACGUGGGAUUGUACAGUUUGCAGUUUUAUAAACGAGAGGGCAUUUCCAUUUGUAUUUCAAUGCCUUUGAACUGUGGGUUCAGACAGGCAUUGAGAUGUAAAAUGUUUUGAGGCUUUACUUUCCUAGUCUAAUUUGCUCCAUCAGUAUUCACUGGCUUCGUUCAGGCCUCUGGGAUAAUAGUUUUCAUCCUAAAUUAACAGACUGCUUCAGAUUGCAACAUUCCUUUCGGAAUAAGAAACCUGUGAUGUUGGAGGGGAAGUUAGCUGCUUUCGUACAGUUUAGCCUAAAUCAAAACAGAUUUAGAUUUCGCACUACAGUAUAUUAGAAUAAUACUUCGGUUUCUCAUCCUGGCAAAUUGUGGUCCUCUCAACCCUGACGGUGUGUCGUAUGUGAAUUUUGAUAUGCUAAAUGGGUUUGUGGCAUUCCUUAGCUUGGCAGUAGAAUAAAAAAUUGCCAACUUUUUUCAUUUGGAAUUUUCAGUAUGUUUAAAAUGUGUUUGGUGGAUGUGUGUGGUCAGUUUUUGUGUGGUUGUCUUGAAUAGGAAAAUGACUUUUAGGAACUCUUUUUAGAGUACCAUUCAUUUCCCCUGCAGUGAAAAAUCAUCCUACAUCAAAUUAAUCAGAAGGGUAAUGAAGUCAGCUGCCACUAUUAGAUUAAAAGCGAAGGUUUUUUGGGUCCCAUGAUGUUGGUUUCUGUACGAGGGUAUUGCUGCAGUCAUGCACAUCUGAAACCGUUUUAACUGCAGAAAAUGUGAGCCAUGUCAGGCUCCAUGAUGUAAUUUCCUGUCCUUAAGGUUGCAACAGGUUUAUACUUUUCAGAAGAUGUAAGCCACCUGCAAAACCACCAAAUCACUGAUGCACCAUUGACGUAUUUGUGUUUAUUAUUUUGGAUAAAAGUUGUUUGCAGAAUAAGCACUGAUCAAUGAUCAAAUCAGUUGUGUUACUUCCAACUCUGUUUAGUGCACAACUCAUUCAUUCUCAUCCCAUUCACUUUAGUGCAUAGGUGACUAGAUGUACAUGUUCAUUUAUCCCUCACACAAGUCAUACACAUGGUUUGAAAUAAAUAACCUAUGUCCUAUUGGAGCCAAAGGACUCAAAGCUCCCAAAGCUUAUCCUGUUAGCAUGAGCAAACAUAAUCUUACUGCAUCUAGCUUUUUGUACUCCAGUAUUGCCAACUGAAAGCAUUAUUGUGUUGAAACUGUCUCCAGUUCAGGCUUUGAAUCUGCUUUAACUAGACUCUGUGUAAAAAGGCACACACAUGUCACUUGAGUGCUGUUUUACAAAAACUUCCCUUAUUUAGAGGUCAGUGUCUGUUUUGGCCACAUAUGCCAUUAGGUCAGCUGGACUCUGACCCUACACACUGGCAUGAGUUCCAUCAACACUUCCACCAAUUCAUGGUAACAGAACAACUAGUUAACAUAGAGAUCAUAUACAUAUGUCUUUAGUUAUCUCCAUGCUAAUAUUUUUAUUCAGAAGCCUGUUUAGUAAAGACCUGCUCCCACUGAGUGUGUUUACAUGCACUUUAAAAGGCUGAUUUCAGUUAGAUUAAAAUAAAAAACAGUAAUUUGUCUUUAAAAUGUAAUUUUAGUCCGACUGAAAUGAUACCUGUCCGGUUUUUGUGAAAUUUGAACUAACAGACCUUGAUAAUAUAGUUGUAGAUCGGUUUCGAGAGCAUGUAUACUCUUCAAUCAAUCAGCAAUAGGCCUCACCGUUAUGCGUAUGCUCCGAAAAAUAGAGGUACAGUGCAACGUGUCUUUAACCCGGAAGUUGAAUACAACAUAAAGCAGGGAAGAAGAUCAACGACAACACAGUGGGUGUGUUUUAUUCAGAAGUUAUCAUCCUUAUGCCCUGUUCCCUUCGAAGUCUACCAUCCCCUUUGAGAGCUUUGGAGGGCUGGAAGGUGUAGGGCUCAAAAAUAACAUUUAUGCGGAACUCAGCUUUUAAUUCCUUUUUAUUGGAUAUUCUGUUUGAAGCUAUCUUACAGCAUGGCUACUAUGAUUGUUCUCCCUUCGAAGUGCCCUUCGGAGGCUGAUUUAUGGCUGAUAACAGUAUGGCGUUAAAGGAAUAGCUGGAGUAAGACACUCGCCCCAUUCCCCCCGUAAUAGAAGUGGCCAAAAAUAUCCCACAUAAUUAUAGGCCACAUUUUGGACAUUAUAAGUGAAAAUCAGUUGUGAUUUUCUAGCAGUUAUAAAUAUAACCAUAAAUGUGUAUAUUAAAAGGGCGUUCCUUCUUUUAUACAUUCCAUCAAUUACACAGUUCCACUGGAAUCCAAUUGCACUGAAUUCCCACAUUAGAAAACUUUCUCUGUAAAGAGAUCAACAAACAUUAAAGAUGUAAUUUAGGGAUGUCAAAUCCAUGAGACAGAGCAAGUUCCAGUUGCUAUUUUAAUAUUCUGUAUGUUAGUGUGCAAGUACAAUUAGGCUUUUAUUUAUUUUUUUAUAAAACUUGUCUGGUUUUGCUAACAAAAGCAGUAUUAGUUAUCUAUGUUAUUUCCAACAAACAUACCUAAAAAUGCUUUUAGGUAAGUUUAUAAGUGAUUUUAUAAAACAGCAGUAAUAUGAUAGAUGACACCAAUGUUCAAUAAAUAUGUACAUUUAUUAUUAACUGGAAUAAACAAUUCUUCUGUAUGCCAUUUACGGUUGCCAUCCAGUAUUGCAUCAUGAUCCGUUAAUAUCAAAUAUGCAUUCAUAGGCUUCGAAUAUGGGUCAUUCAAUCCGAAAUUAGUCUCAGAACUCUGUUUUAUAAUAUUGCUUUUACUUGGUUUCAUUUAAAUGCUAUUUAGAUGAUCUAUUUUUAAAUGUUACACACGAAUAUAUUGUGUUUUUUAAGUUGUUUUAGAUUCCUUAUAUCUGAAGCUCGUUACUGUGACUAUUGAACUCAGAUUGAUUUGGAGUUUUGUGUGUCUCUAAUGUUGCUCAAUGUUAAUGGUGAGACUCACUAGUAAUGAUUUCCUGCUGUGCUUCCAGGGCGGGCCCUGGGUUUCUCCAUUAUUAAACUUGACACUACGAGAGAUGGUGCGGACAAGAUUGCUAAUCUUGCAGGGAUAUCCGUUUGCUGUGGCAGUUGUUACGCUGGUGAGGUCAUGCCAAAGAGGUGUGAGUGAGACCCAAAGACUUUUUGCAAUCGGAUCUGUUGAACUGAACCUCUUAAUAAUUAUUGAUGGUCAAAGGACAAAGCCCAACAUCGAGAGUAAACAUGAAGUCACAAUCCUAAGUGGACUCAACGAAUUUGUAGUGAAGUUUUAUGGACCACAAGGAACACCGUAUGAAGGAGGCGUGUGGAAGGUGCGAGUAGAUCUUCCAGACAAAUACCCCUUCAAAUCUCCAUCUAUAGGGUUUAUGAAUAAGAUUUUUCAUCCAAACAUCGAUGAAGCGUCAGGGACCGUUUGUUUAGAUGUGAUUAACCAGACAUGGACCGCUCUAUAUGAUCUCACCAAUAUCUUCGAGUCGUUUUUGCCACAGUUGCUGGCCUACCCGAACCCCAUCGACCCUCUGAACGGGGAUGCGGCAGCCAUGUACCUGCACCGGCCAGAGGACUACAAACAGAAAAUCAAAGAAUACAUCCAGAAAUAUGCAACAGAGGAGGCUCUGAAAGAGCAGGAGGAAGGAGCAGGUGACUCCUCUUCAGAAAGCUCCAUGUCUGACUUUUCAGAGGAUGAAGCUCAGGACAUGGAGUUGUAGUUAAGGGCGACAGUUCCUCCCCUUUACCACAGAGACUAUAUGAUUUCCUAACCAUGCGAAGCAGACUAUAAAAGAUUCAUAUUUAAACAAGGUGAUUUUUUUUUUUUUAUCGUUAUUAUUACUAAACCAGGAUUUUUAUGGAUAUCUAGCGUUGACGAUGAAUAAGGCACCCUCUUUAGGUGUGCUGUCUCUACUUCUUGGUGUUUGUUUUAUUUCUCUCUUUCACUCUCUCACUCGCUCUCUCCAUCACCCCACCAAAAGAAAGGCUUGUAGUGUUUCCCCCCUUGAUUCUACGUUGGUAGCUGCGUAGCUGGAAUGCAUGUCAUCACCUCCCUAAUCCACCUUUUCCAACGCAGACUGACUGGACUAUAAACAGGGGCCUACUGAUGCCAAGGCUGUUAUUUAUGUGGGGGUGCCCAUUUUCCCCUUGUGAUGUUACUAACGUACCAGAGACAACCGAGGGGUCUGGUCUCACUCUAAUAUGAGUCCCCUCAGCUUAGACCUUUUGCAAGGACAGUCUUCAGCUUGUCUUCAGGAUGCAAUUGGACGCAUUUUGCCAGACACACUUCUCAUUUCCUCCCUCCUCAGCGAUUUGAUCGAAUCUUUUCGAUCAUUCCCAUACAAGUCAUUUUGAAUUAUCGUUGCUUCCCUGGUUGUCCCGUUUGUUUAUUUUUGAUUGUUUUCUCUUUAAAAGCUGUGUUUUAAAAAAAAAUAAAUUAAGAUGCAAGCGUCAAAAGAGGAAUGGCAGAUUCAGGAUCCAUUUUAUGACCCCCUUUUCCCAGAUUUCUGUCCUCCUUUUUCUUGUCUUCAUUUAAAUUUUUUAUUUGGGUCUCACCUUGGGAGGGAAAUGCAGAUGUUUCCAUGCUGUUUGUUGAAAUGAUCAUCAGGAUUUUACAGAACGCUGCACAAUUUCUGCUAACCAGUCAAGCCAACGGUAGCGCUCCAGCGUGUUUACUGCAGACAAUAUCUGUUAAACUCCCUUUAAAUUCCAAAAUCAUGACUUUGGCGUCCUUUAAAGAGGAUGUAGAUGUAGAGGCUAGCGCACAGAGAUUCAACAGAAGCUCACAACUUCUCCACUGGCUCAAAACUUUUUGGCAGUUGUCCCUGGUUGUGGAAGUCCUACACUUCGAAACGUGGCUGGAUUCUAUGACUCUAUGCCAUCUGAACUUCCACGGUGAUCACAAAAUGACCAAGAAUGGAGCGCAAAUCUUUAUUUUCUAAAGAUUUUCCUAAAGAAACCAGAGGAACAGUAUUGUCUGUUGCUCUACCUGGCUUCUCCCACUUUUAUUUUGUAAUAAUAUUGUAUGAAAGUCUUUUGUCUUUUACUAUUUUGGUCCCUCCCUGUCUCGCACCCUCUCUCUUUUUAACUCCUUAUUUACAUGCAUCUUUUUGUACAUUGUGGUAUGAUGCAGAAGUGGAGUUGUGCAGGACUUUGUUGGUCUAGCCUAGAAGAAAUGUUAAAGAGAAAUGAUUUUUUUUCUAACAUUUGUAGAGUUCGUCAUCUUUCCUAUUGCUUGUGCCUAACUAUGAUAGCUGUUGUUUGACCUCAUGUAGAUCUAGUUAGUUUACUGGGUGGUGAAAUCAAAGUAGAUGUUCAUAUGGAUUUAGGUUAUGUAAUCCUGCUUGUCUGAAGACAGAUUUUAUCCGACGGAUUAGAUUUGGUUAGAUCUGCCUUGAUCGAUUAGGGCACACAAGGAACAAUAUGUGGUUUUAGGGGAGGAGUGAGUAACAUUUACUAACAUGGGGUGGAUUUUUUUUGCUGAGAUGAUGUAAAAACAGGGCAGAUAUCUUCUGUUUAAAGAGCUUUGAAUUUCAUCAAGCACCUGCAGAUAUCAUCAGUGGCAUGUUGGUAUGAAACAUUAAGAACCAGAUUUGGUUUGUGUGUGUGUGUGUUUCAGUAUUCUCACUAAUUCUCUCAUUCUGACAACAGAGUGACCUUGCAAAUUCAUUCAUUGUCCAAUUUAAAUAAAACAGGGUCAAAGUCCAUUUGAUGUAUGCCAUGCUGAAGAGGGAAGGUUUUUCUGUUCAAAAUUCCUGAGCUGCCUAUAUUUAUCCUGCGGAGUGGCUUUUUUUUUUCUUUUUUUUUUCUAAUUAAAUCAGUGCUUUAUGGGCAAAAGAAUUUUGGUGAGUUUUAGCCCGAGUCAAGAAUUGGCCGUAUAGUGCAAUGGAGAAAAUCUCCGUUUAAAAUAUUUUCCUCUCUCUCAAGUCUGACUCUGUUGAUGGGGUUUUAUAUUUUCUAAAGAAGAGGGGUAUUUGUGUGAGAGAUAUAGGAGAUAGGUGUAAGUUUAUAUGCACCUGUGUCUCAGAGUCUGAGGGAGAGGUAUAUUUUAUAAAUGUGGCAGCAUGACGUGUAGAAAUGGCUUUGUUUUACAUGCAACACAGCUUUCUCUCCCUUAUGUCUCAGAAACAAAAAUGUUUCUCGGCUGUGGUUUGGUUGCCAUGGUAAACAUUUUGCCAUGUAUAGCAACACACCCUAUGUGUGGGCCAGACGAGCUGACAAACUCCGCUUUCAUUUCAGUUUUAUUUUUGCCCCCUGAAGUGUAAUGCGAGGGACUAAAUGUGGAAAUUUAGUUAAAAUAUUUUUUUUCUUUGUUUUUAUCUGUCAUGUCAAAGAGUAAAAUGACUAAAGAAUUUGAGAAUCUCAAAUAAACAAAUGUAUAAGUGUGCUUCCAUUUACAAGUUUAAUUAGAAAUUACAUUGAAAUUGUUGUGAAUUUAUUUUUCCUUUUACAAAUUUUUGGAUUCCUUUCUCCCCAUGUCAAUAAAAAGAGGUACCCAUUUGGAGCAGGUAACAUAUGCAGUAUGUUGAGGGUAUCUGGACAGGUGUUUGGGAUUGGAGGGUGCUCUCGGGAGGGAGUUUUUCUGUUGUUAGUUUAGUGGGUGGGGUGGAAUACAUAAUUACAGUGUGUCCUUUGUUUUGCACCCUUAAGCCCCCAAUGCUUACAUAUGUGCACACACAAACACUCACAUACACAUACAGGGGAUAGCAGUUAAUAAUGUCAAGGUAUCCAGCUGUUUGUUGCCUGAGAGAAAGGAAGAAUAGAGAUCUGUCUUCCGGUACCGUGGCCUCAGGGGCUGUCCCUGCUGGCCCUCUCGGCCAAUGGCAUCACGUUUCCUCUUGCAUUUGUGUUGCCAAGAGCUCUCCAGUGCACUUUGCAUGCCUCUGGUGUAGAGUCGAGUCUAGUUCAGUCCUGGCUGUCCACUCCCUUAGUCCCUUAUACCUGCGCUUCAAGAGGGUGCUCAGACAUGGGGCUUAUGUGGGCACACAGCAUGGAUUUUUUUUUUUUUAAUAGUAUCUGUAUUUAGUGCCUAGUGUGUGAUACGCUGAUAAAAAGAAAAAUACACACGUUUUUUUGUUUUUUGUUUUUUUUUUUGUUUUUUUUUUUAAAUCCCAGGUAUUAUGGUAAUUUGCCCCUUUUCUUUUCUUUCCUUAUCCAUUAAUCUUUCUCUUUUAUUUUUUGCCAUUUUUUCUUUUCUUUUUGCAUUGUGAAGUGGGCAUGCCUGUCACAAAGGACAAAUGCUCUUUAUCUAUAGGAUUAUAAUCUCUUAAAUAGCUGUGUACAGUAAACUGUAAACUUCUUUUUUAAUAAAAUAUUAAAUAUGUGUACAA